GACGCUCGCGAGACUAGAGAGUGGGCGGCACCAACGGCUGGUUGUCGCCGAAUGCAGCUUCUGUGAGGAAAACAGACUUUAAGCUACCGUUGGUCUGGUUGUUGGGGACGAGCGGCUCGGAGGGAGUCGAGGAGACCCCUCGCUCCCCAACCCACAGACUUACUACCCCUGCCCGUGCCCCCGGAGACCCGGACCCUUCCCACUGCCCGAAGUUCCGUGAGGAAACCGAGGCGUCACAGGUGAUGGCGGAGACGGGCGAGGAGAGCUUGGCGCCCGUCACGCAGCCACAGCUCCAGCUUCCAGAGGAGCGGGGCGCACCCCAGGCUGCUCCCCCAGAUCCGAGCUGUGCCCGUGCUACCCAGCCCCGAGACGGUGAGGACUGCGGAGCAGGGCAGGAGCAAGCUCCGCCCCCCGCGGAGGGCUUGGAAACCGCGUCCAAGGCCCUGGCAACGGGCGGCAGCCUGGGAAAUGGCGGUCGCCGGGGAGAGCUGCACGGUCCUGGGGGGAAGAAAGCCAUGGAAGCAGGAGGCGCGGAGAAGUUGGGGUCCGAGGCGAUGGCAGAGGCGAAGGCUGAGGACGUGAAGACCGAAGAGGGCCCCGCCUCCUCAGUCCCAGUGCUGGAGGAGGUGGCGGGGAAGGAAGGAGCCCAGGCGGUGGAGGCAAUGGACCAGCAGAUGGAGGUGGAGGAACAGCCAGUGGGUGAAGAAAUAGAAAUGGUGGAGAAUAGGGUGGUGGUAGAGGAGGAGAGGGCGCGAGCCGGUUACCGGCCCCUUCGUCUGGAUCUCCGCAUGAACCCGCUGGAGGCCAUCCAGCUGGAACUGGACACUGUGAACGCUCAGGCUGACCGGGCUUUUCAGCAACUAGAGCAUAAGUUCGGGCGAAUGCGUCGACACUACCUGGAGCGGAGAAACUACAUUAUUCAGAACAUCCCGGGCUUCUGGGUCACUGCCUUUCGGAACCACCCCCAGCUGGCCCCCAUGAUUAGGGGCCAGGAUGCAGAGAUGUUACGAUACAUAACCAACUUGGAGGUGAAGGAGCUCAGACACCCUCGAACAGGCUGCAAGUUCAAGUUCUUCUUUAGAAGAAACCCCUACUUUCGAAACAAGCUGAUCGUCAAGGAAUAUGAGGUCAGAGCCUCUGGCCGAGUGGUGUCUCUCUCCACUCCAAUCAUAUGGCGCCGGGGUCAUGAACCUCAGUCCUUCAUUCGCAGGAACCAAGAGGUGGUCUGCAAUUUCUUCACCUGGUUUUCAGACCACAGCCUUCCAGAGUCUGACAGAAUUGCUGAGAUCAUUAAAGAGGACCUGUGGCCAAAUCCACUGCAGUACUACCUGCUGCGUGAAGGAGUCCGCAGAGUCAGACGUCGCCCAAUAAGGGAGCCAGUGGAGAUCCCUAGGCCUUUUGGAUUCCAGUCUGGUUAAACUUUGCCUUUGGGAAUGCUCCUGCACAGCGUCCCCUUUUGCGUCUUGCUGGACCUGUGCUUGGGCAACAGAAAUGGGUAUGCCUUCCACUUUUUUUUCCCCUCUGACAAUUCUGCAGCCUUUUUCUUCUGAACAGUCUUUUCUUUCAACCUCAAGAUUGAGACCAUCAUGGCCAUCUUUCUCCACUUCCACAUGGCCUUGAUGCAGUUUUGCAUUGAUAUCACAUUCUGCGUGGACAUGAUUUACACCACUCAUAAGCCAAGCAAGUGAAGCUGUAAAAUGCACUGUCUUUAUCCGCACUGUUUGGACCCUGUUUGUUCCUCCAGCUUCCAAUCUGGCUUUUACACCUGGAAUUCUAGCUUUGGGUAGGAGCCUGUUCUACCCACUUUGCUUUGCAGUACAGGCAUAUGUAUAGCCUGUGGACAGUUGCUGAGCAUUAGUGACAUCAACUGAGAACAGCAGUGGGCCUCUUGGCUUGUGUGAUUUAUGUGACUCCAUUGCUCUUGCACCUCUGGCCACCUAUUGCUUCUUGCUACUGGCUCUGCCCUGGGCUGCCACGUACUGGAUGAACCUCUUCUGGACCAUUGUCAACCCCUCUCUCAUCUCUGGUAAACAAUCUCCAGAACUGAUGAUGAACCCAGGUUUAUUGCCAGCACACAAAAGACCCUUCCAUUCUUCUCCCCAAAAGACCUCUAUUCCUCACCUCCUCUCUUCCCUUUAUUCCCAUUAUCCAGGACCCUACUGUUGUUGGGCAAGGGGUUGUGAUGACAAGCUAGACCUGUCCUUAUGGCAGAAGUAAGGGUGGUAUCUGUUCAAAGUACCAGGCAUUCUCAGCCCCAACUAGUGAAUUCACACAAAACCUAGGUACCUCUUUGUGCCUCCUUUUUCAUCCAGAACAUGAUUAAGUGCCAGGAUAGCAGUACACUUUAUCCAUGCUCUUCUGUCUCUUAAAAGAAGUGAUAGCUCAUAAAAAUCUGUAAAAUGAAGUAUUUUAGUUUAAUUUGGUUCUUUCCAUUAUUUCGAGGAACAGGUUGUCUGUAGUAUAGACUGCCAGAACUCUCCUUUCCCUCUGCUCUCUUCCCUGUCCUCCACCCCUUUUAACAACACCUAGAAUAUUUAAAGGUAGACAGAUGGAGUGAAAGUGAUAUCUAGGUCAUAAUGGAUAGAAGAACUAAGGAGACUGUGAUGGGUACCAAAGGAGGGAAAACCAAAGAACACAAGUAAAAAUGAGCCAGGUAAAAAAUUGGGCCAAAAAUUAAGACUGACUGACUGAGAGCCAUCAAGGGAAUUUUGUCACUGGUAUUGGGAGGAGAAAUCUUUUUCUCAGGAUUAACAUGGGAGAAUUGAAGGGCCCGAAUGUUAAAUUGCGUAGAGAAGAGUUCUUUAAACAAACACAAAAUAACUUUGGGUACUCUCCUCUCUUGUUUUCAUUUGACUUAAUUUAUAAGGAAGAUUAAUAAUUUGUCUCUUAUUUCACUUGUGUAUGGUAAAAUCCUGCUAUUUUCCCUGAUUUCUGCUGAGAAAAUUGAGCUAUAUAGGCUUCCUUUUGCUUUCAGUUGGAAACAUUUGGAAAAAUAACAGUCUUAUUUUCCUGUACAGUAUAGAGACUUUAACUGAAUAUGCCUAAUGAUUUUCAACUUAUUUCUGUUAAAAAGUGUAUCCUUAGAAAUAUAAUUUGAAAAACUUGUCGUAUUUUUAGGACUUUGGAAACUGUUGUCAUGGAAAAAUAACUCACUAAAAAUGUGUGGCUUAAUUGUCUUACCUGAUACUUUGCCCUGUUAGCAACUUAGUAAUUGAUGUGUCCCUUUUCCUAAAUAGUCUAAAUACUUGUGAGAUGGCUCUGUCAAGUUGAAAGUACAUCGUUGGUAUAUUUGUCUUUCCUUAUAUGCAUGAUGGUAAAAUAAAAAGCAUGUUACUCUACUAGAUUUCUUAUUCCUCACCCUGCGCAUAAAAAUUAUUCUAGGUGACAGCAGAUUGUGCAAUUAUUAAAGUUCUUAAAUGGAUGUAGUAGGUGUUAUCCCAAAGGUAAGAAAAUGAGGAACACUGCUACUGUACCCUCCGAGGUGGGGAGGGUUAUUGCUGCUGUUGUUUUGCUUUAAAGUGUUGACAACUGCAACUGAUUACACAUAAUGUCACUCCCCUCCACUUUCCCCCCAAAUAAACAGCUCAUGCAGCAUCAUCCUCCCCCCUUUACUUCCUUAAAGGCUCCAUUUUUAUUUCUAUAAAUCAUAUUCUCAGGUCAUUUAGGCUCUUUUUUUAAUUCACUUUGUGCAUUUAAUAAGCAAACAGUUCUUAUACGUGAUAAACUUUUCUAUCUUCAUACUUUCUCAAUGGUAGAAACUUGUUUUCUUCAAACCUCACCAUCUUCUUUCUGUGUCAGAUCCUUUAAGGCCUGUCAUAGAUAACUUUUCUGCCUUACAGUUUUCCUGUUCUUAGGGAAGAUGAAAUAUUUCUUUAUGUACUUGGUAGGGACCUCUGAUCUAGAAAAUAACAUACAAUAAUUCAUUAUGGUGAAUUUCUCAGAUAUUAAGACAUUUCAUCAGGCCCUGGGAAGAUAAGGACCAGAAGUCCAUUCCCUUUGUUGUUAAAAAAUUGGAGAAAAAGACACAGUGAUACAGUAAAAUAAAAUACAGAGAGAAACUCUCACAUGUUUUUCACUCUCCCUUUCUUUCUAGUUUGAAAGCUUUGUGAAAGCAGAGAUGGGAUGUCUUUUACUUUUCUUUAGUGCACUUAGCAUAAUGUUUUGCAGAUGGUUGUCACCAGAUAUUUAUUGAAUGAUGAGUAAUUCAAAUGGAAAGAUAACCUAGUACCCAGAAAAGGCUUUUGAUGGGAUAAUGAAAAGUUUUCAAGGCCAUUUGUAAAACUGAUGUCAAGAAACUAGCAAAGCCUCUCAAAAGAAAAUUUCUUGUUUAAAUAAUUAGAAAAAAUCGAAACACUAACAUUUAACCUUUCACUUGCUAUUUUAACAGGGUAUUAUUACUUUGGAUUCACUUUUAUGUGCUUUGUUUUUGUACAUUUUAAGAUGACUAUUACACUGGAGAUAGAAAGGGCUUAGACUAUAGCCAUGUUCUAAUACAGUAGGUACUUGCCACCAAUGGCUAUUGAGCACUUGAAAUGUGGUUUGUACAAACAGCUCUGCAUACUUCAAAGAUUUAGUAUGGAAAAAUAAAGUAUCUCAGUUUUUUACAUG